AACCUUGGUUUUAACAUCGUGGGGGACACCAUGACAUACAUCAACAGAUCUUGAUCAUACAAACACCAGAUAGCACUCGUGUUCUUGGCAUAUCGUCAUACGGCAUUGGCAACAUUGUUGUGGGGUGCAGUACUACGGUGAGUGAGAUUGUGCUUCGCAUUUGGUGUACUUUUCGGAUAUUAUCAAGAAGUUGGAGUCCGUGAAGCGUUCGGUUGCUUGUAGAUCGCUUCUUAUUAAAAGAUGAGUCAACGGACCUUGUUUAAAUUUCCUGACAAACUAAUGGCGGAGGAAUCUGCAAGAAAAGGCAGAGUAAUAGGGAAAUCGCCUUGGAAUAAGACGGAACAUCAAAACCUUAGCGCGUCGAUGUUCACUACUGAAAAUAAAAGUCCUCCGAAAAAUGAGAAUGACGAACACUCCAAAGAAGGAUACAAACAGGGAAAGAUGGGUGCGAGAAGGUCUUCUUGGUAUAUGCGAGGCUAUAAAAGAAGGACCGACAAAUCUUUUGCUAAUUGCCCUAGAAGAACCUGCACUGUGGUUGGAGGUCAACCCUUGGCGCCCACGUCGUCAGUUGAUGAGAAGCUCACCAUAAGCGCCCCAACUGGAACCAAUAUCAUUCCUAUCCCUGCGAGCAGCUCAGAUGAAGUGAUUGCAGAGAUUUCGAUGAGAAGAAGCCUAAAAGAUUUCCUUCAGCGCCCUCCUGAGCAAUCGUGGCAAAAUGUUGAAGAUUCUUUUCCUCCGUUGAGGGACAUGAGCGAGAGCCUUCAGAACACGGCCACACAAGACGACUCUCUAACUAGCAGGAUCGACACGCAAAACACAAUUUUGUUCCGGAAAGACGCGUCGGAAUCUGAAAACGUUACGUCCGAUGAGAGAAGUGAAAUUACUCUGUUUGCUGGAGGGCCUGAUGGAGGGCCUGCUGGAGGGCCAACUGUUCCGCGCCCUCCCGAGAGGUGGAUUGGAAAUCAGCCGGCGCAACGAGGCACUCGGAACCCUCCCAGUGAAGAAGCGGGCAAGACAAUCGGAAACCCAACGGUUCUAAUGCCCCCUUCAGCGAUCGUCCAGAUAGAAAUGCCUUCGGAACCGCUAUUAAGACCUAUUGAUGAAGACAGGGUUGGUAAUAAUAACUUGCCACCAAGAAAUGGCGGAGAUGUGUUGAAUUCUCAGUCGGAUAGCAACGAAAUGAUUGGAUCAAAAACAUUGGCUGCUUCUGGUCAAGACAGCAGCGAGGAGGAGGGGUUAUGCUACGCAAUGGAGCGGUGCUUGCUGAAAAUGGAUAUAUGCAAAAUUAUUGAUCGCAUGUCUUAUGCCAACUUUGAGGAUAUGAGGAAUUGUAUUGACAUUAUUGCAUGUUUUUUCGUCACUGUGUGUUCUCCAGAGGACCAGAGAAAUAUUGUUAUGGAAACAUUUUGCAAAUCACUGGAGGACCCACAAUUUGCCGCCAAAGCUGGUGCUUUUUAUAGUGUUAUUCAAAGCAUUACUAUUGAAGACAUUCCGGUGAAAAAUGUGCUCCUUGAAGCUUUAAUAACGACGGUAUCCGGUUUGACAGAAUUGAGAGUCGUCAUUUUUUGCUGAGCUAUCUCAUUCUUGUAAUAAUGGGACACCGAAAGUGUAGACAGAGAAAAAUCUCUGAACGCCGUAUUCCUUCUCUCAGAAUUUUAUUAUGAAAUGACUUAUGAAGACGAAUACAUGAAUGUAUGUGGUGAAACGCUCAUAAACUGCCUCAAGACAUUAGUAACAGAAGACGACAGAGACGUGGAAACUUUGACCACAUGUCUUGUGAUAAACGGAACAAGAUUGAUGCAAGAGCAUUCUAACUCCUUCCAAGAGUUAAUGGACGUAGUAAGACUAUCUCUAAGGAAUAGCCUUACGUCCAGAAGAUAUAGAAAUCAUGUGCUAUUUAUAAUAGACAUGCAUCAUGCGCAGUUUCGAUACUUAUCCGAAGACAGAGAGAAGUUUUACAAGCGGUUGUUGGGAGAGCACACCUUCUUUGGGUUCAGGAGAAUGGUGCCGUCCCUGGCGCCCUUUCUCAUGCAGGGGAGCAACAGUGGGGACACCACUGAAGAUUUACAGUUCGAAAGCGGUCUUUCUGACAGUGAAGGACCCCAAGAACACCCUCAGCUACCUGACUUGCUCUCCCCUCCUGAGAACGGCGUGGUAUGCUACCAGAACUCGCUUGCCGAGAAUCCUGCUGCAGGCAUUGUACCUAAUUCCCUUUCUGGAUAUGGAGAGCAAGUGUGCUCAUGUAAUCCAGUAUAUUACACUCCGAUUAUGGAAAGUUGUGUGGGGCAAGACCAACAGUUAACAUAUGGAUCUUCUUAUACUGCCAUUCCGAAUUCAGACGCAAUGGGAGUAUUUAUGGAUCAUGACCAAUGGGGACAAUUAUAUGACUCGUACCCGAUUAAUAUUCCAGGAAACCAUCUAUAUCCCGGACUAGAAGAUGAAAUUAAUGAAAAUGUGGUUGAUAAUUAUAAAUAA